GUGUCCACCAAUCAAUGAAAGGCACUCCUGCUGGUCUGGUUCUCUCUGACUGUCACACUCCUUUCACUUUGAUCUACUACCAACACUAAAGCAGAGCUGGAUUAGUCUGCAUGGAAAUCCCCAGUGCUGAAACAUCCAACAACACUGAUGCUAGCUAGCUUUUGUCACCAUGGCGAUGUUACUUCAUGCUAAGUGUUUUCAGCGCCUAACAAUUCCUGGUCCUAUGAAAGUCUUGUAUAAAAAUCACCAAACAGCUACUCCUCAGAACUUUUCCAACUAUGAGUCCAUGAAACAGGAUUUCAAAAUAGAGAUUCCAGAGUAUUUCAAUUUUGCAAAAGAUGUCCUGGACCAAUGGACCAGUGUGGAAAAGGCUGGAAAAAGACUUUCCAAUCCAGCUUUCUGGUGGAUAGAUGGAAAUGGAGAAGAGGUGAGAUGGGGUUUUGAAGAACUCGGAUCUUUAUCCAGGAAAUUUGCCAACAUACUCACAGAAGCCUGUUCCCUGCAAAGGGGAGAUAGAGUAAUGGUGAUUCUGCCCAAGAUCCCAGAGUGGUGGCUUGCAAAUGUGGCCUGUCUGCGAACAGGGACGGUUUUAAUCCCAGGAACCACUCAGCUGACCCAGAAGGACAUCCUCUACAGACUACAAUCUUCAAAAGCAAAGUGCAUUAUUACCGAUGAUGGUUUGGCCCCAGCAGUAGACGCUGUGGCAGCCAAGUGCAAAAAUCUCCACUCCAAACUAAUUGUGUCUCAGCACCCCAGAGAAGGGUGGGGGAACCUCAAGGAAAUGAUGAAGUAUGCCAGCGACAGCCACACCUGUGUGAACACAAAACACAACGAGAUGAUGGCCAUUUACUUCACCAGUGGGACAACUGGACCUCCUAAAAUGAUCGGACACACCCACAGCAGCUUUGGUUUAGGCUUAUCAGUCAAUGGAAGGUUCUGGCUGGAUUUGACAGCCUCAGAUGUGAUGUGGAAUACUUCAGACACAGGCUGGGCAAAGUCUGCAUGGAGCAGUGUUUUUUCUCCAUGGACCCAAGGAGCAUGUGUGUUUGCACACUAUUUGCCCCGUUUUGAGUCAACUUCCAUCUUGCAAACCCUCUCCAAGUUCCCCAUCACUGUCUUCUGUUCUGCACCAACUGCCUACCGAAUGCUUAUACAGAAUGACAUAACCAGAAGCUAUAAGCUCAACAGUCUGAAGCACUGUGUGAGUGCUGGGGAACCCAUCAACCCUGAAGUCAUGGAACAAUGGAAAAGGAAGACAGGCCUAGACAUCUUCGAAGGAUACGGACAGACGGAAACGGUGCUAAUCUGUGGGAAUUUCAAAGGGAUGAAAAUUAAGCCUGGCUCAAUGGGAAAGCCUUCUCCUGCUUUUGAUGUGAAGAUUUUAGAUGAAAAUGGCACUGUCCUUCCUCCUGGACAAGAAGGGGACAUUGGUGUUCAAGUUCUUCCUGAGCGGCCGUUUGGCCUUUUUACUCAUUAUGUGGAUAAUCCUUCAAAAACAGCUUCAACUCUACGGGGGAACUUCUACAUCACUGGAGACAGAGGAUAUAUGGAUGAAGAUGGCUAUUUCUGGUUUGUUGCAAGAUCAGAUGACAUCAUCUUAUCCUCUGGUUACCGAAUUGGACCAUUUGAGGUAGAAAGUGCCCUGAUAGAGCAUCCUUCCAUUGCAGAAUCAGCUGUUGUCAGCAGCCCAGACCCCAUCCGAGGAGAGGUAGUAAAGGCUUUUAUUGUUCUGAAUCCUGAUUACAAGUCCCACAAUCAAGAACAACUGAAAAAGGAAAUUCAGGAGCACGUGAAAAAGACCACAGCACCUUACAAAUACCCCAGAAAGGUAGAAUUUAUCGAAGAGCUGCCAAAGACUGUCAGUGGGAAGGUCAAAAGAAACGAACUGAGGAAAAAAGAAUGGAAAACCAUUUGAACUCCUUGUACUAAUCAUCCACACAUCUAUAAACAUGGUGUCUACAAGUCUGCGGGAACGAUGGAUGCUCUAAGCAGACAGCCU